AUGUCGGAGGACGUCUCGCGGUUUCUGGAGCAGGUCAGAGAAUUAGGGGAUCGACGCGCCGAAGAAGACGAAGCGCGCUCACGAGAGUUAGAGGAGAAGAUCUUGGCUGACAGAAAGGAAAGACAAGCCCGUCGUGCAGAACGCGCCAGAUCAAUUUCACCACAGAAAUCAUCACCCGCCAACACGCCGCCGCCCGCAAAUCAUCGCAUGAUCGCGUCGGCCUCUCCACGACUCAAGUUGGACGACUCGCCCGUCAUUGACGCUGCUACAAGUCCCCAGACCCCAAGCAAUCCUGCUCAUGCCGAUGCCAUGGCGACUCAUACUCUCUAUUCCGAGUCAGCCUCCAAGGAGAACGAGUCGCCAUAUGACGCCGAGGACAAAGGAGUGGGUAACCCUGUUUCUCCGGCCCGAAGUGCAACGGUCCGAGGUUUGAACUGGCAAAGGAGACCCAACUCCCAAGCAUCAAACGGCCCCAGGAGCCGCCCGUUGUCCAUGUUCGCAGCCGAAAACGCGGCCCGUUCGUCGACCACUCCGUCCGAACCUACUUCAGCCACAGAGACCGUCUCUAGAGACCAAAUUGCUCAAUCCUUGCUGUCAAAAGAUCCGUCGUGGUUUCGCCAAACCGCCGAUCGGGGUGCUACUUCUGAGGCUUACAGAAAGAAUCAAGUGGAAGAUGCCGAACGGACAGAUGUGUCUUCUGGUAGGGCUCAACUUCCUGGCAUGGGUCGCCGACCUUCGCAGAAUCCUAGCAGGGAGGUACCGAGCCCAGUGUCUGACUCGCCGAGCCUGCCCGAGUUACCUCGCGGGCUUGGGUCGCCUUUAUUUUUGACCAACACGCAGAAGCUGGAUGCUCCCAAUAACGAUGAUUCGACGGAGGUUGAUGGAAUUGUGGAAAGGCAGCCUUUGAUGUCUCCUCCGCUGGGCCUCGCAUCGCCAAGUCGAGGCGACAGACCAGUUUCGCCGACCAAGGGCAUCGGCGGUUUCGUGCAGAGUGCUAUGAUGAAGCGCAAUGACAGUGUGAACAAGCGAUGGAGUGUCCAGUCCCCAGGGGGCCUGCAGCGCGCAGACUCUGCUGUGUCUAAUCGUAGCAGCUACAUUGCUUCUCGUGGUAUGACGGGUCAGUCUAGACCAACCAGCAGAGGGCGAGAGUAUUCGACGGACAAUAUCUCGCGGCCAAGCUCAAGCCAAGGCAAAUCAGAACCCCAAGCAGAGGAGUCAAUCUCCAGGGAAACCAGCGAUCUUAGCAAGCCUAGUCCCGUACCUUCACAAGAGGCUGAGCCGCCGAACGAUGAAAAGACGACGCCGCCAACAAGUCCAUCCAAGACAAUGGACUCGAGGAGAUGGAGUCCUACUAAAGCUAGCUGGCUUGAGUCUGCUCUUAAUAAGCCUGAGUCUCCUAAGCCCAAGGCAGCUCCUCAGCCUACAAACCAGCCUGCGUGGUUGGCAGAAAUAGCCAAAGCGAAGGCGCAAAAGGCCGCGAAUCCUGGCGGGGAGCUUUCACGUGCUACUACCAUUUCACACAAGCACCAAGUUAGUAUCGGGGGCCUUGCACGUGCAAAUGCUCCAGGUAUUGGCGCUUCGCCCACUAUAGCGACUCAUCGAACCGGUGGCUAUCGGAAUAGUAUCUCGGAGCCUUCCGCACCUGUCAUAGCAACUCACCGGACUGGCCCUGGUCGAAAUACGAUUUCGACUCCGUCGCCGGUUGAAAAAAUAGAAACCAACACCAGUCAAUCUGUCGAUCGCGCCGGAACAAGCGCCUCUGUGAACACGGGCAAGUCCAAGCCCGAGACACCGCCAAAGAAGGACUUCCGAGCCAAUCUGAAGUCCAGACAGCCUCCAGCCGCGAGUGACCAGGGAAAUACUGAUUUCAGAAAUGUCAUUGGCAGCUUACGGCGAACUACAAUAAAAAACUACGUCGCACCUGAUGAACUGAAGCACAACAUUCUCAGAGGCAAAGCAGGUCUAAAUCUUACGGGUGGCCCAAAGAAGACAGAGCGCAUAGAUGAGUUCAAGGAAGCUAUCUUGGCCAAGAAAAAAGAGUUCGGCACAGUCCAGUCUGAAGGCCGCGGUGUCACUCGCAGCUCUAGCACAGCCAGUGAGCAACCUGUCCCCGAAGGCUUGGUAAAACGAUUCGAAAUUGCCCGUCGCAAGACAGUCACACAAGAUACAGCAUCAUUCAACACAGCAACUGGUUUUUAUGGAAAACAAGAACCGACAUCACGUAUUGCUCCAGUGCAAGGUCGCCGACCCAGCAUUGGCAUUCAGCGAGAACCCGCAAGGGGAGUGGCGACCUCCAAGGUUGCUGACGGGCCUGUGCCGAUGCCUACAUCUCAAAAGGAGGCAAACGAGCCUGGUAGGCUUCAAGGAAAGGUUAGUGGAAGUGCGCUGGCAAACCGAUUCAACCCUGCUUUGGCAGGCCUGCUCGCUCGGGGUCCACCAAUAGCAUCCGGGCCACCACCCAAUGACACUGGUAGCACAACGGCUCAAAGGACGUCAUCUGCUCCUGGUGAUAGCAACACCGAACCUGGCAGCGGACCAAAGCUCACGCACAUGACUAAGAGCCGAGCCAGAGGACCUAAGAGAAAAGCCCCCUCGUCGGCCACUACGCCAGCUCCAGUCCCCAGCACAUCCGAGACACCAGCAGUAUCAACAGCCGACAAGACUGAGGAGUUGCGAGCAAUUGAACCGUCGUCGCCAGUUCUGGGAGACAAGCACGCCAACAAUCCAGCCACUAUCUCCAAACCGGAAGAUGCCUCACCUAAGGAGCUGCAAAGGGAGGACUACAGUUGGCAGCCCAAGCCCAAGCCCAAACCCAGCGCACUGGUCGAUAAUCCUAAGCCUUUGGCUGAGCCAGCUCGUGAUCAGACUACGAAACCACCACGUCCUGGGAGAUCUCAUGUGCGAACUAAGAGUCGGGUUUUCGAACAGGUUGCAGCAUUUGCCGCUCAUAGCAACCCAUCCUCGCCUACAAAACAGCAUGAGUCUGAGCAGACUGGUUCGCAACCUCCGUCGCCAAGGAAACUCGACCUAAGGCGCAUGUCCAAGUUUGGGGGAGAUUUUAGCACAGAGAAAUCACCCGAUCGUGAGACUGCUCAAAGUGUGAGGGCUCCUUCGGAAGAACUUGAGCCAAAGCCACUUUUUAGUAGACCAGAGACUCCGAGGACGCCGAAGCCGGAAGUCCGAUCACCACCUCAGCUCUCAAGCCGACCACUUCCAGAGCCUGAACAAUCAAGAUCGCCGCCGUCUUCCAUGACUUCCAAUUCCAAACGCCCUAGCGUACCAAAUGAAGGGUUCGCAACUUUUGGAGGCAGAGCUUUACCAACUAUUCCCCCUCAAUCCAGCUCAACCCCAGCUAAACCUCGGCCACUUUCAAUGAUGAUCCAAUCGACUCCGAGGCCACUCCCAACACCUGGAUCGAUGUCUCCCGCACCUUUAGCUUCUCCGAUGAGGUCACCUACAAAGCAGGCCGCAGAGACAACUUCUGUUUUGAAUGACUUCUUUGGGCCAAGCCGACCACGGCGAAACUACACGGUAGAUGCUGCACAAUUGCUGAUGCAGAGGCCAAACGUAGCUGCGCCUACGAUUCAGAGCCUAAGCGCGCAACUUUUCCAGUUCUCUGCGGACGGCAAAAAAGUACCUGUGGCAGCGCACCAUGAUAGAGUCUUGUUCGAGUGUGAGAUGUACUUGUGUUCGCAUACUUUUAACAAUGAGGAUGGGAAGAAAGUAUCUGAGGUCUACUUUUGGGUUGGAGAUGAGGUGCCAUCGUCUAUCGUAGAAGAUGCAUCCAUCUUCGUGUCACGUGAAGCACGAGCUCUUGGUGGAACGCUCGUAGGCCUCAGUCAGAACAAGGAGACUCCUGAAUUCAUCGCAGCUUUAGGCGGAAUCGUGAUCACCCGUCGUGGAUCCAGCAAUAAGUACGACUCUUUGGCACCUCACAUGCUGUGUGGUCGACGGUAUCAGGGGCAAAUUGUUUUCGACGAGGUUGACUACACCCCCGUUGGCCUAUGUUCCGGAUUUCCCUACCUCAUCACUAGUUCCGGCAAGUGCUACCUAUGGAAAGGCAAGGGUAGCGGCGCAGACGAGCUUAGUUGUGCACGUCUCAUAGGCAUGGACUAUGCUCUGUCCGGUGAGCUCGAGGAGAUCGAUGAUGGUCGCGAGCCCGCGCACUUUUGGAGCCUCUUUGGCGGUGGGUCAAGACUUGGUUCCGCCGAUCACUGGCGUCUGAAGCCGAACUACGAUAUGUAUACCAGCAGACUGUUCCGCUCAGAUGCAUCUUCAAAGCAGCAGAUCGUGGAACUUUCACCAUUAUCACAGAAAGAUCUUAAGAAAACAGGCAUAUAUGUACUAGAUGCGUUCUUUGAGUUGUACAUCAUUGUCGGUGCCAAUGCACAAGCACAGUAUGCAUCGUUCCACAAUGCACUGGAGUUCGCGCAAGAAUAUGCAAUUCUGGUUGCUGGCAUGGAAGAUCGGCCUUUCGUUCCCGUGUCGACGGUUAUUCUAGAGGGUAUUCCAAAAGACAUGAAGAGUGUUUUCCGAAAGUGGCGUGAUGCCGACAGCCCAACAAUCAUGAACCCCUCCGGAGGUGGCACUGGUCUGCGACGAGGGAGGAGUUUGAGGGUUGUUCCACUAAACACAGCUCUGCUGGCGUUGAGAGACUAG